AUGAAGACAUAUAUCAAGGAGAAGCGACUUGGAGAAGGGACGUAUGCAGUGAUAUAUCUUGCGUAUGAAGGGAAUAUGCAAGAAAAGCGGUUUAUUAGUACUGGAGACAGGAAGAGCAAUGUUCCUGUUGCAAUAAAGAAGAUAAAGAUCAAUAAGUAUUCGCAGGGCCAUGAAAUAAGUGCGAUCCGAGAGAUCAAAUCGCUUAGAAGAGUGGAGUGUAGAUAUGUUGUACAGCUUUUGGAUGUGUUUGUGCAGGAUAAGUCUGUUCAUAUGGUUCUUGAGUAUGUUGAGACGAAUCUUGAGAAUGUGAUAAAGAAUCCGAGUAAGAUCAUAAUGCCUGGGGAUAUCAAAGCAUGGAUGCUGAUGGUGCUGAGGGGAGUGUAUGAAUGUCAUAGACUGUUUAUUAUUCAUCGAGAUAUCAAGCCAAACAACAUACUUAUUGCAUCUGAUGGGACGGCAAAGCUUGCGGAUUUUGGAUUGAGCAGGUCAAUAGGAAAUGGCAUGACGCCUCAGGCGGUUACAAGGUGGUAUCGAGCGCCUGAGCUUCUUAUGGGGGCGAAGGAGUAUGGGUACUGUGUAGACAUGUGGUCUGUUGGAUGUGUGUUUGCGGAGCUGUUUCUGAGGAUUCCGAUGUUUGCGGGAGAAACAGACAUUGGACAGCUUGAUAUGAUAUUCAGAGCGUUAGGAACGCCUUCAGAGAUGAGUUGGAAGGGAGUGUCAAUGCUACCUGGAUUUCUUGAAUUUCCAAAAUAUAAUAGAACACCGCUUGGCUCGUUAUUUUCUGCAGUGUCUUCUGAUGCCUUAGAUUUGCUAGAGAGUCUUCUUACGCUUGAUCCAUCUAAGAGGAUUAGCAGCGAUAAGGCGAUUAAGCACAAAUACUUCAGAGAGAUGCCUGCACCUACACCUAUUGGAAGAUUGCCUGUUUGA